UGUCCCCGGGAUCCCUUUGGAUCUGUCCCCAGGAUCCCUUUGGAUCUCUCCCCGGGAUCCCUUUGCCGCCGUCCCCUCUCCCCCGCGACGAUGAUGCUGAACUCGGAGCCUUCCUCCCUCGCCGUCCCCUCGGCUCACCCCGAGCCCGAGCCCGCGCCGGGGGCCGGUGCCGGUGCCGGUGCCGGUGCGGGCCCGGCGGGCAAGGAGCCGCUGAGCCGCGAGGAGCGGCGGCGCCGGCGGCGCGCCACGGCCAAGUACCGCACGGCGCACGCCACGCGCGAGCGCAUCCGCGUCGAGGCCUUCAACGUGGCCUUCGCCGAGCUGCGGCGCCUGCUGCCCACGCUGCCCCCCGACAAGAAACUGUCCAAGAUCGAGAUCCUGCGCCUGGCCAUCUGCUACAUCUCCUACCUGAACCACGUCCUGGACGUCUGAGGUGUCCGUCUGUCUGUCCCUGUGUCCGUCUGUCCGUCCGUGCGUCCG